AUGACUUUGUUUGAUGAAUCGAAUUUUAGAAUCAAAUCAUUUAAUAUUUUACCCAAUGUCCGACAGUUCUUCAAACAACCAACAGGCGAACGAGACCUGUGCAAUGUGGAUGAAAUUCGCCGGUGUUUAGCGGACAUAAAGCCAUUUUCUCGUUUGUCAGUACAGCUACAAAAUCAAAUAUUACAAGAAGCAUGGUAUGAAUGUUAUGCGGAACAACGGACAAUUAUUCGGCAAGGUGAUCGUGCUGCUUGUUUCUAUAUGAUUUUAUCUGGUACAGCAGUGAUUACGUAUAAACGAGUCACGGAUAAUCAUACACAAACGUUGACUGUUCUGGAACGUGGAUGUACAUUCGGUGAAAAAGGAUUAAUGACAAAUGGGCGACAAAUUUUUACGGUAAAAUCAAAUACACAGCUGGAAUUAUUGGUCCUUUGGAAAGAUGAUUUCAAAGCAAUCUACAUGGCUGACGAUCGAUAUUGUAGUUCGGAAGAUUUGAAAUUUCUCAAGACGAAUGUAUCGUUCUUGCGUGGCUUUCCAAUUGAUCGUCUGUAUGAAUUUCCACAUGCGAUUCAAUUUUGUAAAUUUGGUCUAUCAGAAGUUAUUGCUCGUGACAGUCGUCGAAUGAAACACAUUCUUGUUGUCAAGAAAGGAUCUUUUGCUGUUUGGAAACGUUUGGAUCCUGACGGCCAUAUACGAAAGUCCAGUAAACAUGAUCUCGAGCAGCUACAAAGCGAGAAGAUGAUUGAUGGUGAUGAUGAUCAAGACGAAGAAGGAACAGCGGAUAAUAAAACUUUAUUUUCUGAAAUUCAACUCAGUGGAGACACAGAACCAUCGUCAUUGCAUGAAACAGCAUUGGAUAUAGACUUGCGUUUGACUCGUUUGCAACAUUCAACAGCGGCUAACGAAAGAAAAACAUCGGGUUUAUCAUCUGUAUCUGAGGAUGUCGCUGAUCUCGAAAAACAUUUUCCUGGCAUAGUAGAUAAACGUGAUCGAUUACAACUGAUCGAUUAUGAUCAACUAUCAUUUGAUCGUGCUCCAAAAGUACCAUUGCCAAGUACAUUGUCGAAACAUAGUCAACGAGCGGCAAAUUCAAAGUCGAACUUAAUUCUUCCAAGCAAAAUGUUAUAUUUACACAUAAAAACAAUAAAUGAAGGUCAAUCGUUUGGAUUAACCGAUAUGCUGUUUCCAAAUCAACCAACGUUUACAUUGGUCAGCAACGAAUGUGAAUGUCUUCUUUUACGCAAAUCAUCAUUCGUUCGAAUUGCCUCGGAUCAAUAUAAACACAAUAUACGUCGAACAGAAAUUCCGUUCCCGUCAGAUUCAGUUUUCUACAACACCUAUCACAUGAACGAAGAAUGGAAACGCUAUUCGAAGGAAGUUUACAAGAAUGCAUGUGACAAAAUACUGAAAACUAAAUAA